AUGCAGACUAAUAAUGGCUCUGGUCUGAUAAUGGGGUUCACACCUGAAACAUUCAUCUUGGCUGGCAUCCCUGGGAUGGAGGCUGAACACAUCUGGAUCGCCAUCCCUUUUUGCCUUAUGUAUGUCAUCAUAUUCCUUGGAAAUGGGACCAUCCUCCAUGUCAUCCAUAUGAAUCCUACUUUACACCAACCCAUGUACCUAUUCCUAGCCAUGCUGGCCCUUGCUGAGCUUGGCAUAUCUGCUUCUACACUUCCCACUGUGUUGGGAAUUUUCCUCUUUGAUGCAACUGAGAUUGACUUCAACGUCUGCCUGCUCCAGAUGUUCUCUAUACACUCCUUCUCCAUCAUGGAGUCAGGUAUCCUGCUGGCCAUGUCCAUGGACCGCUUUGUGGCCAUCUAUAGCCCACUGCGCUAUACAGUCAUACUGACUUUGACUCGAAUCAUUUCAAUAGGUGCUACAAUUGGACUCAAGAGUGUGCUACUCAUGGCCCCACUACCUGUCCUACUCCAACGUCUGCCUUUCUGUGGACACAAUACCCUCUCCCAUUCCUACUGCCUACACCCUAACCUUGUCCACCUACCAUGUGCUGAUACCUCCAUCAACAACAUCUAUGGACUUUUCAUUGUAAUUUCCACAUUUGGGCUAGACUUCCUACUUAUUGUGGUCUCCUACAUGCUCAUCCUUCGCACAGUAUUGGGUAUUGCCUCUGGAGAGGGUCGGUGGAAGGCCCUCAAUACUUGUGGCUCACAUGUCUGCGCUGUACUUGUAUACUAUGUACCCAUGAUUGGCUUGUCCAUGGUGCACCGCUUUGGGCGACACCUCCCCUCUUUGCUACAACCUACCAUGGCCAAUAUUUACCUCUUCUUUCCACCUGUGGUAAACCCAAUUGUUUAUAGCAUCAAGACCAAGGAGAUCCGCCGAGGUAUUGUCCGCGUAUUCUCUAGAAAGAGGGUCAGGGGUUAG